AUGGAAUCUGGCUUCGUUGCUGAUGACAUCGACCUAGCCAAGCCGUCGUCCUGGUGGCUACAACCGAACGGUCUCCCUCCUCAGCUCCACGGGCGCAAGGAUAUCUUCUUUGAGUCCGAAGAGUCGAGCUCUGCCGACCCUCAUCAGGGCGGCAAGACCAUCGUCACUCGCGACAUCUACGUCCUGUUCCAGGAUUACUCCCAAACCGUCAUCACUGUUCGCUUCAGCCCGCAAGACCCGUCCGACGUCCACCUUGAGCAACGCCACGAGCCGCCGCCGCGUGCCCUGCGCCAGGACCAGCUCGAACAGAGCUACGAGCGCUUUGGCCGCGCCAUUGGCGAGGCGGCUGCCUCCAAGAAGGACACGGUUGUCGGCGACGGCACCCCGCAGGCGCUCGUCUACGAGCUGCUCCGGCCGUUCAAGGACGCCCUCUUGCCCGUCGGCGCGCGCGCGUACGGCGCCCUCGUCUAUAGCAACCUGGCCAACGCCAGCACGACGCAAAAUGACGAGAUCCGGCCCGGCGACAUUGUGAGCAUCCGCAACGCAAAGUUCCAGGGCAAGCACGGGGCCAUGCACGCCAAGUACUCGAUGGAGGUCGGCAAGCCCGAUCACGUCGCCGUCGUGGCGGAGUGGGACGGCACGAAGAAAAAGGUCAAGGCUUGGGAGCAGGGCCGGGAGAGCAAGAAGGUGAAACUCGAGUCGUUCAGGCUGGAUGACCUGCGGUCGGGCGAGGUCAAGAUCUGGCGGGUCAUGCCUAGGAGCUGGAUCGGCUGGGAGUCGAAUACCGGUGCUGGUGGAGCGGGGAAUUAG